UCAUUUCUUUCGUAAUCCCUCGGAACACUUUACUUUCGCAAUCGCAGAAGUUGACAUGAGCAUUCGAGCAUUAUGGAUUGUUCCAAUAGUACGGCAUACUAAUACUGAUUUAUUGCAAAACAGCAUUUUAUUAAGACACUAUCCUCUCAUUGAGAAGAAAGCUAAGCUAGUGAAUGGAGAAGACUAUGUUUCAUUGCCAAACCCUACAGAAUUUUCUAAUGCUCUUCUAUUCGAGCUAGGAUACAGAGAUGAAGAAAAGUUCAUACAGUCACGAGACACGUGUCAGAGGGUGGACAGGAAGCCAGUGUUUGAGGUGACCACAUCAACAGGAACAAUAUGGCCGCUGGUGGUGGUGGAACAGAGGGGGCUUCUCUUUUGCUGUCUUCCAUUGGUCCAAGAAAACCUGUCAACCAGACCAAAUCUCAUACAGAUACCUGGAGUUUCUCUGGGGUUUUCUUUACUCUGUGGAUUGGCAGAUUUCCUCCGACAAUGCCCUCCCAAUGAGGUUCCUCAAAAAAGUGCAGACAUUCAUCUCUACCUGAAUACAGCAGUUCCUUUUGGGAGAAUAUCUGAUGUUAACUGUGAUACUGUGAUGGCCAAAAUGUACAAUAAACCAAGCUACCUCCCUAGGGCACAGAAACAACCUUCUUGGAAGCCUGUGCUCCAUAAAGGGAAGAAUACUCUUUAUCUAGCCCUCACAGAAUAUGUCAGGGCAGUGCAGUUUAACAAAGAGAAUAUUGCUGACACUUUUGACCUCUAUGGCACAGUGACCUGUAAAUCAGAACUGGAGGUGGCGCUGUCAGACAUCACCAUUAACCUGGCCUACAACUCUCAGGAAUCAGCCUUACCCGUGGACAACCUUUUGAUCCACCCAUGUGUUCAAAGUGCAGACUGCUCCAUGCUUCAAAAAGGGGAGACCAAAGCAUUACCCAGGAGAAUCCGAUUUACCCCUCCCACUGAAAUGUUCACCCUGUGUCACUAUACUGCCAUAGGGCUAAAGGAACCCCCCAUCAAAGCUGUAUAUGAUAUGAAGAUGACAGACAACAGAGCUUCACUAACAGUACAGCUAACACUGAGUGACGGGGUGAGGAAUGCUUUUGAGUAUUGUGAGAUGCAGAUUCCAUUUCAUAAUAGGGGUGUGAUUUCUAGCCAGGACUCCUCUGUCAACCAAGGAAACACACUUGUUUCUCCAGAUAAAAAAAUUCUAGUUUGGAACAUUGGUCAGAAAUUUUCAAAAUCCCUAACUGCAAACUUGGAAGCAACAGUCAUAUUCUCAGAAGCCAAGUCUGCAAGCUCAUUUGAUGAUCCUUUCUGUAAAGGUCAAAAUGCCUAUGCACAGCUGUAUUUCAAGAUUUCUGACUUUACCCAGUCAGGGCGUUGCAUAGACUCCAAGUCAAUACAAGUCUCUCCCAGCACCAAGUUCAAACUUAACACAGUUCAUGAAUAUUUAUCAGCCGAGUACAAGAUAUGGAACAGCAAUGGAGAUGUGUUAAGCAGUAGUGUACCCAGGUCCCUUCUGAAACAACCAGCAGAAAUAUAGGAACACAAAAAUACUCAGUAUGGGACCAUUAUGACUCAACAAGAACUGAUUGAUCAUUUUUAGGCUAAUGUCAGACAUUUAUGCAAUAACUCUAAAAAGUACAUGUACAACAAAUGCUUUAACAGUGACUUAAUUCAUAUGCUUGCAUUAUUCAUGAGUUGUUUAUAUUCCUU